AUGCGAUCUUCCCUCUCUCGUUGCGGAAUUAGAGCCUUUUCCGCGGAAAAUCAAAGACCUCCGCCAGUGGGCGUGGUCCUGAAAGAAGGUAGACGAAUUGUAAAAUACGCGACAAAUUUUUUCUUUUAGGUACUCCGAUUGCCAAGGCGUUCCAAACUUAUGGCGGAGCUGCUUAUCGAGUCUACUGCGAUCUCGAAGAAAGAGUCAUCGCUCCCGAAAGUUCUGAUCCAUUGACCAAAAUCUCCGCAUCCGAAGCCGCGCAGCGAAUUAGAGAGGGGAAAUUGUCGUCGUAUGAUCUGGCGAAGACCUAUUUGAACAGAAUCCGUUUUGUAAACACCUAUGUGAAUGCAGUGUCUGAGCGAUUUGAUGUGGAAGCGCUGGAAUCAGCAAGAAAAGUGGAUGAAUAUAUUGAGAGUCUGGACAAAAACUCGGAGGAAUUCAGAAAUGUAAGUGGGUUUAAGAGAGAUAUUUAUAAUUUAGUAAAAAAAAUCAUUGUAAAAUACGCAAUUAUUGGUUAUGCACAUAAUUUUAAAUUUUAGGUAACAAUUUUUUUAUUUUCUUUUGCUGAUGAUAAGUACAAAAAAUGGAGAAGACUGGGCUCGGUUAACGCUUAUUUCUGGCUAUUUUAAGCUUCCCCAAACCAAGCCGCUUCUUGGAAUUCCGGUAUCAAUAAAACAUGCGUUUGAUGUCAAAGGCCAACGAAAUAUUUGUGGUUUAACUCAUCGACGAGACAUCCCAGAGGCCACGGAAGAUGCUGCGGCGGUCAAACGGUAAAGUCACACCCAGAAAAUUGAUUACAAUACCUACUACAAUGUCUAAAUUUCUCAAUUUUCAGAGUUCGUGAAGCCGGCGGAAUCCCCCAUUGCUACACGAACGUCCCUGAAUCUUGUAUGUGGUCGGACUCUUCGAACAAAAUCUUUGGCACCACCUCUUCCCCGUAUGAUAAUAGAACAAUGGCUGGGGGCUCGUCCGGCGGGGAAGCAUCGAUUAUUUCGGCUGAGGGAUCGCUAUUGGGAAUUGGCUCGGAUCUGGGCGGAUCUGUGAGAAAUCCGGCGAUUUUCAAUGGGAUUUUUGGAUUGAAAUGUGUGAAUGAUAUCCCGAUGGAAGGCCAUUUCCCGAAUACAACUGUGGAAGCCUUCAAAGUCAUCGCUGGAGUGGGACCAUUGGCCAGAUAUGCCAAGGAUAUGGCCAUGUUUUAUAGUGUAAGUUUUUUUGAAAUGCAUUUUUGUUUCAAAUUUUAGGUCCUCUCAGCUGAUCCGAUCUCCAAGAAUUUUGGCAAUCUGAAGCCGUCGAAAGUCCUUUUCACGGUUGAUUCCUGCGAUAUGAUCAAUCCAUUAUCCCCAGUGGUUUAUGACGCUGUCCAUAAAGUGGCUCGUUCUUUGGCCACUAAAUAUUCAGUCCCAAUGGAAGAGUAUCAUCUCCCACCCAUGGAGAAGCUGAUCGAAUGCCAAAUCAAUGUCUGUUGCCCUCCGGGCGCGGAGAAUUUUGUUAUCGAAGGAGUUUUUCCAGUGAGUUGGAGCGAUUUUUUUGAUUUUUUUUUCAUAUUUUAGGAAAACAUUUGAUUUUUUUUGACGCAACAAUUGGUUUUUUGGCCUGAUUGCUUUGUUUAAGAUGGAUGUUUUAGAGAGUGGACGCCAGUAAUUUCAUUACGGAGAAGAUAAAGGCCUACCUUAAUGUCUCGAAAGUCAGUAUUGGCCCGGCCGAAGGAGUGCAUUACUUUAGUAACUCAAAAUCUCCACAAAGACAUCAGCAGCUCCUCAAGGAUCUAGAUGAAUAUAGAAAAAAAGUCGCCGAUGACCUCAAGGAAAAUGUGGUUUUGGUCGGCCCAUCUCUCCCGAGAAAUUAUUAUUUACAUAAUGAAAUGACCUUAUUCGGCCAUUUGGAUUGGUUUCAUACCGCUAUUUUUAAUGGACUGGCACUUCCAGCAGCUGCUGUUCCGAUUGGAUUGGAUCAGCAUGGAUAUCCGGUAUCAGCACAGAUCGCAGCAUCAAGAGGAAACAAUUACUUGCUGAUUAGGAUGAUGGAAGUCUUGGAGAAGGAGUUUGGAGGAUGGAGACCACCGAGACAGGGGACAAAAUGA